AUGGCCGCCUCUUCUUCCCCUCUCGCUUCCGAUUCUUCCUCUCACCGCCGCAGGCGCCACCACCGUAAUCGCCGUGACCGCGACAAGGACUCCCUUAAGAUCCGAAAAAAAACCAAGUCUCACUCCCACACCAAACGACGUCGCAAACAUCACCGCCACUCUUCCGAUUCCGAUUCAUAUUCUUCAUCCUCCCUCUCUGAUUACUCCAGAAGUGAGAGUUCUUCUGAUAGUGAGCAUGAAACAUCUCAUCGCACAAAGAAGCACAAAAAGAGCGACAAACCUAAGAAGAAUAAGGAAAAGGAGCGAAGUAAAUGUCAUCGCCAUAAGAGACAGAAGCACAACCUAAAAGAGAAGCAGAGUGGUGAAAGGAGCAGCAGCCCUGUUCAGCUUUCAAAGUUUUUAGGGCGCAACAAAGAUGAUGGUGUCCGUCGCAGCGCUGUAUCUGGCAAGAAGAUUCUUCUCAAACUGGAUAAAACAAAGGAAGAUAAGGAGGCCGAAAGCAAGAGAAAUGAACUGCUAAACUUUUUGAAUGCUAGUUUUGAUUAG